UUUCACAAUUGGUGAAUUAUGUUUUAAUAUCAGUUAUCAUACCUCCAUGGCUACCAAAGUCAAGAAAUAUAACGUAUUAAUUAACUGCAAAUAGUUCCCAUGUGAUCACCAACGAGAAUUCAAAAUUGCAAGAUGGCUGCCACCUACGGGAAACCGAAUGACUAUGAUAGAAUCAAACGAAUGAUGAAUGUGCCUCGUCCGUUACGAAAAUAUCUGUAUUGCCAGAUCGUAACUGGAUUUUUGUUUAUAUACUUUUGGUACUCUUUCAAUGGAGGACUGAUCCCUUGGUUCCUUCGACACCACAUACCUGUCUUGAAGAUGGGACCAGACAUCAACACUCUUUACUUCUUUCCUCACACAUCAGAUGAUGGGAGCAAGCUAAAAUGGUCUCAUGGAGCAAAUACCCCUCAACUUCUACAGAAAUCACUGCAGACUUACGUUGACAUGAUUGAGGGCGAUGUGAUGUUGAAGGGUCAGGGGACAGAAACCCAGAGUCUGAUUCCAGUGAUGGGCCAGCCUCACUCUAAAGACAGCGAAAUGCCAUUCGAGGAUUGGCUUACUACUAUAACGCCCACUGGAAAGGGGAUCAAGAUUGACAUCCAAAGUACUGAUGCUGUAGAAAUUACUCUCCAGACCCUCAAGAAACACAAAGACAAGAUCCGUGUGCCUCUAUGGAUCCAUGCUGACAUCUUCAAGGGUCCCUUAGGAAGUGAACCAUCUGUGGAUGGAACCAGGUUCAUCAAGCAUGUACAGCGUCUGUUUCCUCAAUGUACUUUGUCCCUCGGCUGGACAACGGGCACUCACACUGACCUCAGCCUGGUCAGCUAUACUUGGAAGAUGGUGAUUGCCAUGUACCACUUUAUACACGAACAUGAACUAGAACCACCUCUGGUGUUCACAGUACGAGCUUCAAUGAUGCACAACUCGGUGCCUCAGAUUAAAUGGUUGACGGACAACACCAGGUCUUCGCUGUUGGUUUGGAAUAGUCCUGGGGACAAAGUCCUUGCAGAGGAUUUUAUGCAUCUAGCCUUCAAAUUUCCACCUCACAAUUUGUAUUUUGACAUUCAAGACAAACAAAUGGGUGAAUAUGUGAGAGAAAAUAGGCAUGUUUCAAAGGACAAAGUAAAUCCCUUGGUACUACAGAGAGAAACUGUGAUCUUUAAACCAGAGGCAUGGGUGAAAAUGGGUCUCCAUAUUGAACAGCACUCCAUACUUCCUAGUGAAGAAGCCAUUGUUCUCACCACCAAAACUGUGUAUAUUCUAACCAAAAACAAAUAUAAACCUCGAAACCUCAUCACUCUACACGGACGAGUUCAGUUUUUGAACAUAAAGAACAAAGAUGUUGUGAAUGGAGAAACAGGGCUGAAUAUCUACAUGAGGCCUACAGGUUACUCAGAUUUUGAAAAUAUUGUAGGUAUUCGUUGCUUUAUUGGUGUAGAUGGGCUGUUACAAAUUUCAGGAAGCAACUUAAAACGUGUCAAAGACUUCAAACAAACUCACAGGAUAACACCAGGUACUUCUAAUUGUUUCCGGUUUAGUGUGCAGGACACAGGAAACGAGAUAGUAAUGCGAGUCAAUGUCCGCCACAACUGUGAAACACUGGAGAGCACAAUACAAGACGAAGAGGUGCAUGCUGAGUUUAAGGUUCCCAUCCCAGCCAACAUUGGAAUAGAUCAGCAUCCAUUUAUACUGAAGCUGGAGGACAGCAACAGAUAUGCUGUGCUAGACGAGCUUCAUGUCAAAUACAACCAGAAGUAAUGUUUUAUCAAACGUAUUUUGUAGGUAUCAAUGUAAUGAUAAUAGCGUACAUUAAUUCUAAUGAUAAAAGAAAAUUGUUUUCAAGAUUAAUUUUCUCCUUUAUCAUCCAUUGCAUACUGGAAUAGCAUUUAAAUUUUCUUUUUUUUUGAAGGUUGUCGGUGCAAAUGCUUAUUUGAUGAAUAUGCAAUUAAUACAAGGUUGGAAUAUUUGUAUGUAGCAAAUGUUUCAUAGACAAGUAGAAGAUCUAACUAUACUCGAGACCAGAAAUGUGUUUUUUUAAUGAUCAUUUAUAAGAGGAUGCUGGAUUGCAUUCAUUUGUUUUAUUUUCAUUUAUGUCAAUUGACUUUGGAAGGUAAGGGGAGGUAAUUUAUUAACCAACGUUUACAUUUUACUGGAUAUUUGAUGAAACAUGUAAAAACAUAGUACAUUUAUAGAGAAGGACUCUAAAAUUGUGGGGCUGUAACUAUUUUCAGAAUUACAUUAAAGGUGCUGGUCGGGGAAAAAAAUACAAAAUAAAUGGGUCUAAAUGCGUUCUCUGGCCUUCCAAAAGUUAUACCACGGCAAU